UCUCGUAGACACCAACGCUCCUAUUCCCGCGACAUCACCAUCCCACACUAGUGGGGCUCCACGGUGUGCGGUGUGAUGCUCAGUCCUACACAGUAGCAGCUACAGGAGGCGUGCUCGUUCCUGCCACAGGAGCUCAGGAGGACCGGAGCAGCGGCCAGCAGGCUAUUACCGAGCAUUGGACACACCGUGAAACAGAGCGCUUUUUUUGGGGGUGCUCUUCCCCCGCCUCCCACAAUCCAAAGCGAUGGCAUUUAUGGAUCGAUCAACGGGAGCGCGUUGAGUGAUGCAGUCUCUGUUCGGCGGAGGGGAGAUGGGGCUGCUGGGAGGAGGCGGCGACGCAGGGGGCCUGAAGGAGGACGGGUGUGGCAGUGUGGUGUGGCACUCCUCGCCGCUGCCCCCCGACGAUGUCUACUCCGCCUCCCACUUCGCCCUUAUCACCGCCUAUCAGGACAUCAAGACGAGGCUGGUGUGCCUGGAGCGUGAGAACACCAGUAUCAAGAGGAAGCUCAAGAUUUAUGAGAUCAAGUUUCCUAUGAUCAAUGAGUUUGGGGAGGACACCAACUCCUACUGCUCCUUUGAGAGCAAAGAGACGGCGCUGCUGCACUCAGAAAAUAGCAACCUGCAGCAGAGAGUCAACGUCCUGACCCACGAGCUCCAGAAGAGGAAGGAGAGAGAGGAGCAGCUGGAGGAUGUGAUCCAGGCCUACGAGAAGAUUCACAUGGAGAAGAGCAACCUCCAGAGGGAUCUCGACAAGAUGACCAGCAUGGUGGAGAAGCAUGUGGAGCGAAUCCUGGGCCUGGAGUCAGCUCUGAGGCAGAGGGAAAACUCCCUGCAGAAACUCAACAUGCAGAUGCACAGCAAAGACAUGCAGUACCUGCAGCUGCACGCCGGCCCGGACACACACAUGCUGGACUGUCCAGCUUUGACCCUUCAGAGCUCCCGUAGCCUGGACGCACUGUCUGACCUGAAGCUGCAGCGGCUGGAGGCCGAGCUGGAGGGGGCGCGGCACGAGGCCCGGGGGGCAUGUCAGAGGGAAGAGGAGCUGAAGGGGGAGUGUGAGAGACUGAAGGAGGACAUGAGGAUGCUGCAGAACAACCACAGGGACAGGGAAAUGACUUCUCCGUGCAAGCAGUGUGAUGUGGAGUGGAUAAAGAAGGUGGGAGAUGAGCAGGUGAAUUUAGCUCUGGCCUACACAGAGUUAACGGAGGAGCUGGGACGCCUCCAGACGCUGAGCUCCAAGCAGACGGAGAUCCUGAGGAAAGCGUCACAGGAGCAGGCUAGUCCAGUCCAGCGUCACUCUCCCAUCCACCACCAGCGCCACUCUCCAGUAUCUCAGCGCCACUCGCCCAUCUCACAGCGCCACUCUCCGGUCCCGCCUCCACCACACCACUCCCCAAUCCAACAGAGACGUUCCCCGGUGCUGCAGCGCCUCUCCCCAGACAUGCACCGCCGCUCCCCCCUGCUGGACGUCAAUGAUGGACCCGCCUCUUACUCCUGCCGGCCACCCAGCCAGCACCUGAGGGCCAGUUUCCAGGGCCGGCGCAGUUACUCCGAGGUUGCGGACCCCUCUGCUUACCAGUGCCCUCCCCGCUUCUCCCUGGACCCCGUCUCCACCCUGCCAAAGCCUCGGCCCUACAUUGACAGCUACGUAAAACAGCAGCCGCAACAUGUGGGCUCUCCUCAUGGUGGACUGCAGCACAGAGGCUCCCCGUCUCACCAUCAAGGUGGUGCAGGAGGGGACGGGGGCCUCGGGGAGAGCUCCAUGCGCCACUCCAGAGAGAUGCCAUUCCCACUGUCUGAGGUGGCCCACCUGCAUUUUGAGCCCCCUCCACCUUCCACACCGGCCCCCCAGCCCCCACAGUCCUCUGAAGAUGAGGAGGAGUGGAACUGCCCGCAUAACAUCAGCCCACCGCGGACGCUUGGCGUGCUCUCUUCUGCAGUGCCCAGUGGCGUCAUGAGAGGCCCAGCGUCCUGCUCAGUCUUCCCCAUCCCUCAGAGGUCUAACACCCUCAGCUGCCACCCGCAGCCCGGGUACAUGUCAGCAGAGCAUGCUCAGUCCUGGCCCUCAAUCAAUCUCUGGAUGGAGACGGAGGAGAGCGACAUGAGGAGCUGCCCUCUCUGCCAGCUGAUAUUCCCUGUUGGUUACCCUGACGAUGCCCUCAUCAAGCACAUUGACUCCCACCUGGAGAACAGCAAGAUCUGAUUGCCAUGGCAACCAACCCGCGCACACAUCUGCGCUUUCCUCUUAUAGAUUAUGUGCGAUGAUUGGCAGACCCGGCCAAAUGGAAAGUCAAAACGUAGAAUCACCAGUUAGCUAUGUGCGAUAAUCUAUAGGUAGGGAUGCAAAAUGGGCGCAGGGGCCUGUUAUAUUUGGGAAGUACUUCAACACGGGUCUGUCCACAUGCAGAGUCCUGUACUGACCACCUUUAAGACAGCUCUGCCUGUAUAAUCACUGGUUCUGGUUGCUGCUGUUUUGUUAUGAGUCUUGUUGUGCGGUUUCAGACAGUUUCAGGUAUCGUGUUGUUUUUCGCUUCACAGUGUAGUACACUUUGAUUUAGCAAAGUAAGCCAAAGACGAUGUACGAGAGGCACGCUGGCAGGUACAGGGGGCUCUGCAUGUCAAAGAGUUAGUUUCAGUGUUCAUCAGGGAGAUCUGAGGCGUCUUUUCUACUGUUAUCACCACUUAGCUUUAAAUACUGUACACGUGCUUGGACAUUUUCUAUCUCACACACACACACAUAAUACAGUAUAUAUUGCAGAGGAGUAUGUGCAGUAAGUGCGCAGGACAGUGAUCUGGUGGAAGCUGGCUUGUUGGAAUGAUCCGACAGAUGCAUGAUUAGUCAUAGAGUGAAGAUGUUUUAAUGCUGAAAUGAGGAAGUGAAGUGAUUGAUUGGUUUCUUUCACUUCUCUAAAACAAAGUUUCCAUGGCAGUUAAGAAAGUAUAAAACAUUCCAGUCCCACAUUUCAUUUACUGACAAAUCAAGCUGGGGAAUAUGAAUGUGAAAGUAUGUUUGGAUCGGACUGGCAGCGGUUUUAACCCGAACAGAGUUACGAUGAUGCCCUGCAGGGCGGGGCACUGGUGUUGAUGCGUCAGAAUAUACCUUAAUGCUUGUGGCUUGUUCAAAAUUCUAAUUAUCUCAGCGCUUCAAGUUGACUUAGCCUGUACAAUGUAUCCGUUUUCAGUCCCCGUAUAUAUUUUCCAUGUAUAAUUUACUAUUUAUAUCGUCUAUCUGUCUAUCUAAGGCAAAAAAAUAUGAAUAUAUAUUUUUGCAAAUAUUAAUUCACCACAUGUCUCAUGUUGGUGUUUCUCCCAUGUGCUUGCACACUGCUGUAUAUAAAAAAAGAAGACGCAAAUCAAAAUCCCACCGCAUGGGAUACUUUUCUGUACAAAGAAGUGAUCAAAUGGGAUUCUCCUUGGUCUUCCUAAAGAUCUGACCUUCAAAACAGUUUGAUGUCACGACUGCCCAGACCACCCAACAAAAAACAACAACAAGAAAAAAAGAAGAUACACACACAGCCGGCUGCAUGAGAUCAAGACUUCUGACCUGCUUCAAGGAAAAAGUGGCAGACUUUUUAAGUGUACUGUAUUUCUAUCUCGGAGAUCUAAAACCAGAAACUUCAUCUCCAAUCAGCAAAGUUAUCUCUGCAGGGUUUCAGCAAUGACAAUACUCUUCUUUUGAUACAUGGGUUUAAUUUUUAUCACAAGUGGAAUCUGCCGAUAUCUGCUUGUGGGACUUGAACUUCUUUUUGAGGAAAAGAAAAGAAAAAAACAAAAGUUACACUGAUGUCAGCUUAUCUGAGGCUUUCAGUUCCAUGUGCAGUUUCUAAUGAAGGGGAUGUCCCAACAAACCCACCCAUGCAUUUACUCUUGUUUGAAGUUACUGAAGAGAUGAAUUAUGACAGAUUAGAGCACAUAGGGCAGAGAUUAUGGCAGCAGGAUAAUGUAAGUCCUAAGGUCAAGUCCUGCCUACUGAAAUACUCUUGAGCCACACACUGAAUCCCUAACACGCUCUGGAAGCUUUGCUCCAGGCUACGACUUUCCUAAGAUGUUUAAAGAAAAGGGAGGUUUCCAACCGGGGUCAAGAAUGAUCAGACUAAAGGAUAACUCUGGUUUAUUACCACUUGGUUAUGAUAACAUACUCACCUUGUUGAUUGCUGAGAUCUGUUGUUAGCUCAUUAGCUUAGCCCAUCUCUGACAGUCCACACUGAAAACAGAUAUUUGUACCAUCAACUCUCAUAGGUGUCUGCAAACCUCGUCUCUUUUGCAGAGCAGUUUUUACUCCGACAGGAAAGUGAAGGGUGCAACACAGCUUCUAACUAUGAUAGCUUCCUCCAUUUUAUUCACUUUUAAGGCCCUAAAAAAGUGGUUUUCUGCAGUAGGUUAUAUUACAGUAGAGGUGCCUCACCUGAAAUAAAGACUGAAGCUGCUCUCACAGGAUCAGCUGCUCUGCCAUUGUUUCUCUAUGGGGAGAGCGGUGCCGCCCAACUAGGUGUAAGUGCUACCCAUGGCGUGGUGCACCACUCAGAAUUGCCAUCGAGCUCUGCGCUCAAAGUUCAAAUUAUUCCAACUUUUGAAACACUUGCCGCUGAUCUUUCAAAGCCCCACCAAUGAGAUAACAGCUUAACGUGAUGUAGCCAGCAGAGACACAGGCAAGCAGGAGAGGUAACCAUAGAAACAAAUCAGCCCCGCAGACUACAUCAGGGUGAGUGAAGAGAACAUUUCCCAUCAUGUGAAAACAGCUUAACUAACGUCAGAAGAAAUGAUUACACUUUUAUGAAACAUAAAACAAGCAGAGGCCACGACCUUUAGGACUGAGCCUAGUAACCAAAUGGAUAACGAGACGAGGUGCGUCAGGGUUUGUUGGAUUCUGCUUAGCACGUGACAUCGAUUGAUUGAUCCCAUCAUUACUUUUGCGUUCCAGCAAUCAAAUCGGAAAGCAUGUUGCAAUGUGUAAUAAAAUAAACAGAGUUUUCUCAAAUGGGAAAUACACCUACAAACUCCUCUAACCACAUCCUGGGGAAACCCUGAAAGAGAGUCAGAAUUUCACAAGAAAUACAGUGAAAUACUGGGAAACUUGAUCUGGAUAAACAAUUGGUUCUUUACAAUCUGUCUGAUCACCUCACUGCUUGUGUUUUUUUGUCCCAUCAGAUUACAUUUUUAGCUCAGAGAUUUCAGCAGUUCACUCGGUGAUUAUUGUAACUGAUGGAACCAAAGGGAAGUAAACUGGAAUGAUCCUUUAAAGAACUUCAUCCUGAGGUGUACAAUAAAAACUACAAGGCUGAUCGGAGAUACUUGAUCAUUAAAUUGAAGAGGGCUUUAAUGACUCCCAGUUAUUCUAUACUGUAUGUAUGUACCUAUAUCACUCUGUGUAAAAAUAAUAUUUAAAGUUGUGUACAGACAGGUAUUUUGCAAGUGUGUAAGGCUAAUGCAACGUGUACUCUAUUAUUCAACAACUUCAAAUUGAAGUGUCUGUAAAUCAAAAUAUAUAAUCCUAGCCGCCAACACCACACUAUCCAACACCUUUCCUCUUUUACUCACUAUGUAGUAAUAUGUCCUCUAGUAGUCAACUAAUAUCCAACUACAGCCUACAGACAAGAAUCUGUUUUUAUCAGCUGUGGGAUGUGCGGUAGUGUUCAGGCAUCCAAUGAUCUGAAGUACACUAGGUUUAAAGAAGGAUCAAAAAACAAUGUUUAUCUGAACAUUUUAUUUCCUCUGUGUUCCUGUAACAACGAUUUCAUUUCAUUAUUUCGAAAAUGUAAAGUAUUGUUUUCCCAAGAUAAUGAGAUAUAGGCCUGGGCUUGUUACGUUUGAUUUAUGUAACAUUGUUUUCUUGUGAUCUCAUUAAUUAUGUCAUUAUCUCAUAUCAAGAAAAUUAUACCGGCUAUCUCUGGAAAACAACAUUUGUUAUUACAAGAUAAUGACAAAUACAUUUUUUUUUUACUGGGAAACAGAGCAAAUAAAAUGAUUGAACCAUGGACGUUUAGGCUUCCUUAGUUAUGAAGAAAAGUCUCUGAUGCAUAUUCUUCUGAUUUAUCAUGCAGCACAGAAAGAUCAAAAUGUGUCUCACUGACGAUGAUGUAAUGUUGCAUCAUAAUCCACAGUUUAAACUGCAUUUGGAAGCUUUAAGAUAACUAUGUUUUGAAUUUUACGUCAGACUGCACCAUUGUUUCAUAAAGGAAAUGUUUAAGUGCAGCAGUACUUUUUUUCUCCCCAUCAGUGGACCCAAGUUGGCUCACAAUCAAAGACAACAAAUGAUUUCCUGUAUUUUGAAAAACAGAAGACAUUACCAAGGUUAGGGUGCUUCUUGUUCGUGUCAGUGUGUGGGGAGAUGCUGCAUUGUGGUCAAUGGUGCUGGAUGUUUGCAAACCACAACCUUUUGGCCAACAGCAGCAAUGCAGAGUGAUCACGCCCCCAUACGAGCUCACAGUGUGCUGCACACUGAUGUUUGUGCUGCAACACAUCCGCACAUACAGAAACUGUGCUGAGGUCCAUCACAAAAAGAUUAGAAUCUCUAGUUCAGGUUUAAGAUUUUUCUUUUGUGGCCGCCGACUGUCAAGAUCUCAUCUGUUUUUCUUCUUUUUUGUGUCCUAACAGCAACCUUGGUUUACUCAGGAGAUUAACAGAGACACAGCCAGCAGAGGAAACAUCAGAUCUGUCAGCCUAAAAAUCAAAUGCAUUUUUCUUUAUCAUGAAAUUUCACUCAAAAGAUGUCCCUCAGAUUUACUCAGGAGGCAAACGGCUAGGUCCAACAAAGAGUAACAGUAAAAAAAACAAAAGCCUGAUUUUUCAUUCUUGUAUAGCUCCUCUCUCUUGUAAGUAGCUAUGUGAGUCAGGUUGUUCUCCUGGGUAACACUAAGCGCACGCGAAGACAUCAGCACUAAUGAACUCUCCACAACACUAAUGAGAAGUAAUGUCUGCUCUACAACAUUUGUGCGGUGGAACAACACUGCUGGCAUUCAAAGACUUUUACGAGUGUGAUAAACAAAAAGGAGAGCAGCAACAGAGGUAUAUAAAGUGUCACUUUUUCUUUCUCUCUUUGUCUGUAAAUAUUCUAAUAAAUAAACUGGAACAUGCACUGAAA